ACGGACACGAAUUUAAGAAGACGGUUCUUUUUUUUUGGGACAAGAUGCGUCUUUUAAUUCAACUUUAAUUGAAAGUUUUUGUUUUCUUCUCACUUCUUUAAAGGAGUGCAGCCUGGUCACGACCUUCCUCCAGUGGGCAUAUUAACUCAUUCUAUCCUGCUACUUUCGUCCACGCUAUAAUAAUGAUGACUUUGAGCCCCGUGUCGGACACUUUUGUCUCCUCUGAGUCUUCCAAAUCGGCGUUCAUGGAUUUCAGCGGCCACGGCUACCCGGGACACCAGCAUCCCUCCCCGGGAUUAGCGCACAGCCACUACACCUUCCACAGUCUGCACGCAGUGGGACCCACGCAACACGACGGUCCGUUCCAGUCUUCCGCAGCCCCCUACGGCCGCCCGCUGGGUUACCCGCCGUUCCACAGCGCGCACCAGCCGGGGCCUUACCUGCCGUACCAGCCCGGCGGCCACAGCAGCGCCUUGGCACACAGCAGGUCUGAGGACUCCGAGCGCGAGAAACCCACCACCGUGUUAGAAAACGGAGAGCUACGGCUGAACGGGAAGGGGAAGAAGGUCCGAAAGCCUCGCACUAUUUACUCCAGCAUGCAGCUCCAGACCCUCAACCAGCGCUUCCAGCAGACCCAGUACCUGGCUCUGCCCGAGAGGGCCGACUUGGCCUCCAAACUGGGCUUGACUCAGACGCAGGUCAAAAUCUGGUUCCAGAACAAGCGCUCCAAAUACAAGAAGAUCAUGAAGAACGGGCCGUGCGGACCUGACGGAGAGUCGCUUCCCCCCCCGCUGCAGUCUCCCUCGCCUCAGUGCUCGCCGUGGGACGUGAGCAUAUCGGCCAAAGGCGCGCCGGUGCACCCCGGUAGCUACAUGAACAGCUUUGGACACUGGUACCCGGGUCACCAGCCGGACACAAUGGCCAGGGCACAUAUGAUAUGACGCUCGCCAGUCUUUUUUUGUUUCUUCCUGCAAGAACUCAUUGAGCUGAGCUGACAGGGGAAUCAUUUACAACAUAAAACACUGGAAGCCCAAAAAUGAGCGCGGAGGGCAGCUAUGAGCAGCAUAAAUAGACAGAUGUGCGGAUCGGUACUGGACAUAAACACUCUGGGGAGUGGACUUGGUUUCUUCCAAUAGGCUACAAAUCAGCAGCACUGUGGCACCAUGAAUCAAUCACUUAAUAUUUUACGGUUGCACUCAAAUUUAUUCAAACGUCAUAGUGACUUCUAUUUAUUUGCAAUGUUUGUCAACUUUAAACGAUGGAUUUUCUCUGCUUUGAAUUGUGAAUUACAUUUUAUUUAUGGUAACUGAAACAGGUGAAGAAGAGUGCUGCAGCUAUGAAUCCAGCAGGGGGCGCCGUCUCACGAGUCAAUUCACGCAACAUUUUCCAGCAGGAAGAUGCUUUGACAAGAGGUUGUGUACUGCAACUGCACUUUCAGUGUUCUAGUAAUUGUUUAUCGAUGCGUAAAACUGGAAAUGAAAUGUGUUUAGCAACGUUGAGGGGCAUAUUACCGGGUUUAUAGCAGGGCUAUUCAACUGGCGGCCCCGGGGGCCAAAUCCAAGUUCAGUUAAAAACUUGGGAAAAAACUAUUUUGCAAUAAAUUCCUUAAAACACAAGAGUGUUCCUGUUGUCAAGAGGAACUUGGACCACUGUAAACACAUUGGCAGAUCCUUGCAUCGACUAUUUAACCUUGCAAACAUAGAACAAUGAACGCAACUGAAGCGUUCCCUAGGGCAGUGUUUUUCAACCUUUUUUGAGCCAAGGCACAUUUUUUGCGUUGAAAAAAUGCAGAGGCACACCACCAGCAGAAAUCACUAAAAAACGAAACUCAGCUGACAGUAAAAAGUCGCAAUUUUUGGAUAUGACUUUAAACCAUAACCAACCAAGCAUCACUAUAGCUCUUGUCUCAAAGUAGGUGUACUGUCACCACCUGUCACAUCACACCCUGACUUAUUUUGCAUUCUUUGCUGUUUUCCUGUGUGUGGUGUUUUAGUUCUUGUCUUACGCUCUUAUUUUUUUGGUAUUUUCCUGUAGCAGUUUCAUGUCUUCCUUUGAGCGAUAUUUCCCGCAUCUACUUUGUUUUAGCAAUCAAGACUAUUUCAGUUGUUUUUAAUCCUUCUUUGUGGGGACAUCGUUGAUUGUCAUGUCAUGUUCGGAUGCACAUUGUAGACGCCGUCUUUGCUCCACAGUAAGUCUUUGCUGUCGUCCAGCAUUCAGUUUUUGUUUACUUUGUAGCCAGUUAGGUUUUAGUUUCGUUCUGCAUAGCCUUCCCUAAGCUACAAUGCCUUUUCUUAGGGGCACUCACCUUUUGUUUAUUUUUGGUUUAAGCAUUGGAUAUGACGACAAACUCUUGUCGUGUCACACAACGUGUUCCCAACAUCUACAAAGCAAUUAAUUACCGGCUCCCACCUACUGAUAUGGAAGAGUAUUACACACAACAUCGGCACAUAAUUUGCAGAUUAUAAUUAGUGGUUGGCAAAAAAUAUUUUUAACCCAUAUAUGUGAAAUUACAUAAUUUCCCAUGGCGCACCAGACUGUAGCUCACGGCACACUAGUGUGCUGCGGCACAGUGGUUGAAAAACACUGCCCUAGGGCACUCCUCUGAGUCGUCUUCUUCCUUACAGUUACAAGAGUGACAUAUGUAACUAAGGUGUUGCUGUAGCUUGUUUACUUCUUUUUUUAGUCACAAGCCAUUUGUUCAACUUAUUUAGUUACACUAGUGGUGUUCCUCAAGGCUUCAUCUUAGGUCCUCUCUUUUUUGCGAGUUCAGUUCAAAAACCUGUGAGGGCUGUCAUAGAGAGGAGCAUUUUGACUAGCAAGGUCCUUAAAAAUAGCACAGCGCUCCUGUAACUCUGACAAAUAAAUAUACCAAAAAUAAAAUGUCUACUGUAGAGGACAGUGGUUCUCCAGAAUACCGUAUUUCCUUGAAUUUCCGCCGGGUAUAUAGUAUGCGCCUGCCUAGAAUUACUGCCGGGUCAAACUCAUUUCGCAAAAUAAUUAGCGCAUUACCGCCGGCUCAGGAUUAACGCCAGGUCAAACUCGUUUCGCAAAAUAUUAUUUUUAUUUGCGCAUGUCUAGAAUUUCCGCCGGGUCAAACUCGUUUCGCAAAAUAAUUAGCAUGUGCCUAGAACUUCCGCCGGGUCAAACUCGUCACUUCACGAGUGACACUUCACCUGUCAUCAUUUUCAAAAUGCAGGAGGCUGAUUUCAAUAAUUUGAAAUCGCAUAAAGGGAAGAAGAUUAAGAGCUAUUUAGUAGGAUUUAAGGUCCAAGCUAUUGAAUAUUCUAAAAUAAACAGUAAGCAGCUAUGUUUUAUUAAUAUACCGUAGCUGCGUGUGUCAAAUAUGAGUCAUUAAAUGACUCCCGCCUCCUGGUGGUAGAGGGCGCUAGUGAU